AUGUAGAACAAAAUUCAAACUCACAAAAAAAAAGACCAGACUUGUUGGUCUGACAGAGACUGGAGAAACCCGAAGAGUAUGGCCCCGGAUACCCUUUUAACUCAGUACUGAAGUUACUCCUGAGGUUUCGCCCUUCAGCCAAAGAUCAGACAGGCCUAUAGGGCAAACGAUAACACACUUGAGGGACGUGCUUCAUUUGUAGUUCAGUCAUGAUGUAUACGAGACUAAUGGGCAUACCAGCCCAAAAGCAAAGACGAGAAGGCAGGAAGGGACAGGAAAACUGGAUGAAUGGAAACAGGGAACCCAGGGAAGAGGAGAGCGUUGACACAUGGCAGGGUGGCAACAAUGUCACAAAACAAGUUGUAUGUUGUUUAAUGAGGAACUAAUUUGCUCUGUAAACUUUCACCUGAAGCACAAUAAGAAAAUAAUAAAACACACAAAAAUUUAAUUAUAAAAAAAAAGUUUCUUCUACCAGGUAUCCCCUCUGUGUACAGGUGUUCUAAGAAGGUCACUGGAGGAGACCCAGAGGAUGACAGUGUCCCUGCCCUUAGGGGACUCCCAGGCUAGAUAAGUGGGGGUUCCACACCUGCACCUGGAAGUAUGGCGUGGAGAUUAUUGGUGGAACGAUGUAUAAAUGGGUACACUCCAGUCCUCUGUGAAACCCCUAAAUUCUCCAUCUGCAGUACCCUCCUCUCCAUCUUUUCCAUUGCUAAAAAAUGAGAGUUCUGGUGUUGUUCUCAGUAUCUCAGUAUCCCUGGGCUUCACUGGGCCUCCCCUCCUUUGCUCCCUGAUCACUAUUUUGAUGGUAUGGUAAAAAAAAAAAAAAAAAAUGGUAAGUAGAGUCUAUUCAAAAUUUGGCACGAAGUUGAGAUUUCCUGGCUUCAUCCUGGAGAUCUAAGCAGUUAGAAACUUGAGUUUGGUGGUGUGGUGAGGGGAGGGUUGUGCAGAAAUACUGAAAUAUAUUUAAGUUGUCUUUUAUUUUAUUUCAUUAAAUUCCAGGGCACCCCUGAACCAGUCUCCAUUUGUGGCUUUGCCCUUGGCUUUGAGGUUAUCAAUACUAGCCUCUGCCCUUCCCUGCAUGGGGUUUAGGAAAGAAAACACAGCUCAGCCGCUUAAAUAGAUUUGUUUUCACCCUCAGCAAAAGCAAGGAAAUAGUGGUGACCAUGUGGCUGGCUGCUGAGUGCCUCUGUCCCAUGGCACACCCAGAGCUUCAUCAGAAGAGAGGGUAUUUUGGGUCUUAAGAGGGGGUUUUAGGGGCCCAGGAUUGUAAGAGCUACUCUAGCUCCAGGCAAUGUGAUGGCUCUUUCAGGGCUGUGUGUCCCCGGCAGUGUGCUAUAAAAAAAAUGAGGGCUAUUUAAUGGCUAUCCGGGUGCCUCCAGCUAGCUUAGCCCUGAGACCGGUGGCUGCUAUUCCUUGCUGCGUAUGAAAACCUACAGCAUCGAUGAGCCCAGUAAUAGUGAAGAGUCACUGAAAGAAAAGGGCUGGAAGCUUAUCCUGAAAACAGUUCUUUGACUCCAUGUGUCCUGAGUUGUGUUGCCUACCCCACCCACGUUCCUAUCAUCUUAGAGGGCUGGGGCAGUGCUCCCUGCCGUCCCCAAGAUGGGGCUGUGCCACUGUCUGGGCGGCUCUGUGGGGAAGGUCAACAGGCUGUCCUUGGCAUUGGCAGAGUAUUGGGAAGGCCCCUUGCCUCCUGCUUCCUAGCUGCUCUGACCACCACCAUGGAAUCUUCUUUCCACCCCUCACCCCUAUCCCUCCAAGUAAGACCUCAAAUCCAAGCCUUUCCCACUUAUUUUCCAUAACCUUCACUUGGCUGUUGAAGGCAUUACUACUUGGAGAUAAGGAUUCACAUAUCUCACCUCCAUUUCUGCACUUAAGCCCCCUGAAGGCAAGGGAGCAGAUCUUAAUCCCCUCUCUAUACAUCCUCCUCACCCCACCCAUCCUCAGGGCAGGGAGCACGUGAGCAGUCCUGGGGCUAGAAGCCGGUUCACCCACAUUCCAGAGUGAGUGACUGGGCCCAGGGUGUGCCUGCCUCUGGCUCCCUGGGGGAGGUCCCCCGAAGGGCUGGGGAAAAUCCUAUCGCCAGAGCCCCAGGCUCCCCUGCCACCCCUGGCCCGGUGGAGGCAGCCCUGGACAUUAGCCCCCCUGUCUUCUAAGCACCCCGUAGUUUGAGAGACAAGAUAAGCAGUAGAUUCCCUGGGUUGGAUUUUUUAGCCUUCAGUCUGUAGAGUUAAAAGAAAGGGGUCUCUGGGGUUGGAGUAACCUGUUGUUUCAGGAGCCCUCCACCCACCAAGGCUGAGUGCACCCUGGGUCACCCAGGGCCUUGGGCAUCAAGGAGUGGAAAGGAGAGAGAGAAACACCUUGCAUUGUAGAUGCAUAAAAAACUCCAUCUGGAAGGUUUUAGGGAUUAAGUCCAAACAACUUUCUCACUUGACUAGUGGGAAACUGAAGUGCAGAAUCUUGCCCAAGACUACAUAGUCGUGGAAACACUACAAACCUGCCUUCUCACCACUCUGUUACCGCUAUCUCCAGGGUCUCAAGGGGGCCGUAUAGGACCUUGUCUAUAGAGAGGACCACACCCGUGGGAGACUCACUCUGCUCUUAGGGGAGGCAAGAGCUCUUUAAUGGAGUUGAGGGUGGGUUCUGAAGCCAGGAGGCAUGUCGUAUGGGUAAAGCAUGGGGUUUGGGCAUCUGACAUACCUGGGUUCAAAUCUCAGCCAUACCGCAUAACUAGCUCGGUGUGGCCUGGGAGAAUCAUUCAAGCCCUCUGAGCUACAGUUUCUUCACCUUUAAAAUGAGGAUCGUUGUGCAUUCCUUACAGGGAUUUUGUAGGGAUUAAGUUGGGGAAUACGGUAAAAAUGCCUGCUAAAUAAUAAAUUAUUACUGUGUGUACCUUUUUAUUCUUUGAAUGACAUGACCCAGGUAGUCAGGCUUCUGACCACUAGAGGGCGGUAGACAGGUACUGGUAAACUGGGCAGAGUGAACAGGUGAUUCGAUGGGGGACAGGGAUAAAGAGAUCCUCGUGGGUCCCAGCACCUCCGGCAGCCCCCAGCAGAGGAGGGGGGGCUCCAUCAGAGCCUGAGGGAAGAGCAUUCAAGCAGAGCCAGGUCUCCAGAAGUGGCUGUAGCAGCCUUGUUGGAUAGAUGGGGUUCAGGUAGGCGAGAGUGUGCCAAGACUUUGCCAACAAAAUCUAAGAGUGGCUCCUGUGGCUGGGGACCUUGGAGACCUGGGCCUAGGCUGGCAGGCCUGGCCCCCACCCACUAAAACCUGUUGCUGUGGAGUUGAAUUCCAACUCAUAGCAACCCUGUAGGACAGAGUAGAACUGGCCCAUAGGGUUUCCAAGACUGUAAUCUACGGAAGCUGAUUGCUACAUCUUUCUUGUGCAGAAUGAAUGGUGGUUUCAAACUACCGACCUUUUGGUUCGUAGCUGAGUGCUUACCCCUGCACCACCAGGGCUCUUUCCCCACCCACUAGCCCAUAAAUAUUGCCUGGUGUUAGGCCUGGAGGGCCUCCCAGCCUGUGCCCAGAGGUGCCUCGGAAGACAGGCCUGGCAAUCUGCUCUCUAAAGGUCACAGCUUUGAAAACCCUAUAGAGCAGUUCUAUUCUGCACAUGUGGUGGAGUCGCCAGGAGUGGGAAUUGACUCAACCAUGACAACACCAACAGCCUUUUGACCCAGUUCAGCCAGGGGUUUGGAUUCCCCCACCUGCCCUACCCCCUGGCCUGACCCCUGGGAGGAGUUUCCUGAGGCAGGGGGUGGCUGAAAGCACAGAUGCCCACCUCAGCGACUCCCACCCACCCUCCCAGGCCAGUGCCCUGUGCCCAACCCCACAGGGUGUGGGAUUACAGACUCUGACAAUCAUUAAACCAGCCGGGCCUGAUUUCCCAGCACCCCUGCUAGGAUCCGGGCCGAGUGGCACAUAAUAUGCAAAUCACCUGGGGCCAAGAGCCCAGUCUAAAGGCCAGGAAAUCCCCUCCAUCCAAUGAGCCAGCGGCUCAGGUUACCGCCGGGGAGCACACUAUAAAGGCCCUGGGGCGGGGAGGAGCUCACACUCUAUUUAGGCGGGUGGGGGUGAGCGUGGCCAGCUGCCUUGGUGCUACCUGGCGAGCUCUUGCCGCCUGAGUCACUCGCCUGCCUGCUGUCCCUUUAGCCUGCCUGCCUGCCUGCUUGCCUGCCUGCCUGCCUGCGGCACCUAUACCCCACACCACUCUGGUAGCCUCAUGGCUGCAACCUGUGAGAUUAGCAACAUUUUUAGCAACUACUUCAGUGCCAUGUACAGCUCGGAGGACCCCACUCAGGUGUCUGCUCCCCCUGCGGCCAACUUUGGGGCUGAUGACCUGGUGCUGACCCUGAGCAACACACAGAUGCCUCUGCAGGGCACAGAGAAAGCCAGUUGGUCAGGGGAGCAGCCCCAGUUCUGGUCAAAGGCCCAGGUUCUGGACUGGAUCAGCUACCAAGUGGAGAAGAACAAAUACGACGCCAGCUCCAUCGACUUCUCGCGGUGUGACAUGGACGGGGCCACGCUCUGCAGUUGUGCCCUUGAGGAGCUGCGUCUGGUGUUUGGACCUCUGGGGGACCAGCUCCAUGCCCAGCUGCGGGACCUCAGUGAGUCCAAGCUCCUGGUCAGGGGCGGAUUAACCAGUAAGCAAGCUGCCAGCCCUUCUGACGAACUUGGCUGGAUCAUUGAACCGCUGGAGAAGGACGGCAUGUCUGACGAACUCAGCUGGAUCAUUGAACUCCUGGAGAAGGACGGCAUGGCCUUCCAGGAGACCCUAGGAGACACGGGCCCUUUUGACCAGGCAAGCCCCUUCGUCCAGGAGCUGCUGGAGGACUGCCCGUACUACCCCAGCAGCUACGGCGCCGGAGCCCCCUCCCCAGGCAGCUCAGAUGUCUCCACUGCAGGCACCGGGACACCUCAGAGCUCACACUCCUCAGACUCCGGUGGAAGCGAUGUGGACCUGGAUCACACAGACAGCAACAAGCCUUUCCCUAGUGAUGGCUUUCCAGACUGUAAGAAGGGGGACCCCAAGCACGGGAAGCGGAAACGGGGCCGGCCACGAAAGCAGAGCAAAGAGUCCCGGGAGUGUUUGGAGGGCAAGAAGAGCAAGCAUGCCCCUCGAGGCACCCACCUGUGGGAGUUUAUCCGGGACAUCCUCAUCCACCCGGAGCUCAAUGAGGGCCUCAUGAAGUGGGAGAACCGGCACGAGGGUGUCUUCAAGUUCCUGCGCUCUGAGGCCGUGGCCCAGCUGUGGGGCCAAAAGAAAAAGAACAGCAGCAUGACCUACGAGAAGCUGAGCCGGGCCAUGAGGUACUACUAUAAACGGGAGAUCCUGGAACGAGUGGAUGGCCGGCGGCUUGUCUACAAGUUUGGCAAAAACUCCAGUGGCUGGAAGGAGGAAGAGGUUGCCGGGAGUCGGAACUGAGGGUCUGAAUUAGACCCAGGACCAAACUCAUGGACUCAAGGCCUGCAGCCCUCUUAGGAGGACAGCUGAGCAUGGUGGCUGCCCCUGUUUGGGCACGCUCCCUCGUGUGCUUCUGUGGACAGAAGCUGAAGUGUUGGUUUAUUGUCAACCACUGUCCUGGGAUUCGGAGCCUGUGGCCUCUCCUGUCUGCCCUCCUCUUGGAAUUACAAGUGACUCGAACUACUGACUAUAACUGCAAGUGUAGUUCCUUUUAUCUGGUGCCUCCUCAAACCCAGUCGCAGACACUAGAUGCAGAUGGCACCUUCCUCCUGCAGACGCCUGGACUAAGCCAAGGAGGCCGGGGAGGCCCUAGGAGAGCACCGUGUGUGAGAGGGGACAGGAUGAGACCCUCCAGUGACCUCCAGCGACUUCCCUGCACUGGCCCCUACCUCCCUUCUCAGUGCUUAGACUCCGCGGGCGGGGGUCAGAGCGGUCCCUAAUUUAUGUGCUAUAAAUAUGUCAGAUGUACAUAGAUCUAUUUUUUCUAAGUCAGUCGCCUGCCCGCUCCUCUCUCAAUGAGUGCUGGUGGCCAGACUGGCUGUUCUAGGCCCUUGGCUGGGCCAGCCAGCGAGGGGUAGGUGACGCCAGGACCCUCAGAGCGGGCCUUCUGGCUCCUUUCUCAGUGGAUGGAGGUAGAGACCUCCAAUAAAGUGCCUUCUCAGCUUUUUCUAACCUUCGUCUUGGCUAUGUGUGUCCUGAAGUUUGGGCCUCUGGAUUGGAUAGGGUUAUGGGACCAGGGAGGGAAGCAGGGCAGGGGACCUUUAGAGACAGACUUGAAGAGGGGCUAAGCAUGACCUCCGUUAGCAGGAGGGCUGGGCUCAGACAUACUGGCUGGGGCUGGGAGGAGAGCAGAGGAAACAGGAGAAAACCUUCAUGUGUGAGAAAGCUCGCGAGACCUCAUUGCAAGCAAGGACAUGAGCUUAGGAGCUGAGGCCCGGGGCCUGGUCCUGCUGCUGCCUCACUGGAUCUGUGACCUUGGCCAAGUAGGUGCUCUCUGGUCCCGCUCCCUCUCUGUAAGGCUGGGGCUGGACCCAGUGUUCUCUAAGAAGUCUAGAUUGCAUGUCUGGCCUUGUGUAUAGAUGCUUUCGCGUUCCAGCCAAGCCGGCUAUGAGCCGCAUGUCUGUAAUACGAAUCCUAGCUUCUGUUGUCUGACCUGAAAUCAGAGUUGAGGUCGUGUAGAGAGAAGAAUGGAGAUGAAGAAGGAGUGGAGCAGGAAUUGACAUCUGUCGGCAGCCUACUCUACGCCAAGUGCUAGACGCCACUUACAGCCUCAUUCACUAAUCCCCCAAGAAGGGAGAAGGUUUAUUACUCCUGUUUUACAGACGUAGAAACAGGUUCAAUAGGGCCAGUGACUUGGCCAAGGUCACUUAAGCAGUACCUUGGUGCUGCCCUGGAGCCUUGCCCUGGGAGCUUCUGCUAGGUCAGGGCUUUUCCAAUGUACUCCUCAUUAGAUUCCAGAAUUGUACUGUCCUGUUUCCAGUGGUCAGUGCAUUUAGGUUUUAGAAAGGACGUUUUCUUGAUGUGCGCUGUACACUACCUUAUGUAAAACACCUUCUAGGUGGAAUGUUUCUUAAGUUUGAGCCUUCAAAUUCCAUAGAGUUCAUUAAAAACUCAUUUGGCAAGCUUUAAGUGCUGUUUAGUUGGUUUGGAAACACCAGAUCAUUCCCUAAAGGGUUGUGGGUAAAGAAGGGAUUUUGAGAAGGCUGUGUAUAUCUGCGUAUGGAAACAGGCUUACCCUGGAGAAGCAAGGAAGGAGAGUGGGAAUGUUGGUUGGAGACAGACAUGGGGUCAUGAAAGAACCUAUGACCUUCUGGAGCCAUCUUGGAAGAAGAUGGUGUCCCUUACAUUUCCCUUCUAAAGUGUGAGCAAGUUAGCCCAAGAGGGUAGGUGGUAAGGGCAAAGGUUUUAGCCUAAGAUAAGACCUGGGUCCCAUCCUGGCUAGGCCACUUAUAGCCGGGGAAGCUUAGCCUAAUAAUAACCAUCAUUUCUUUAAAAAAUUAAUACAUGCUAGGCAUUGUGCUGAUUUCUCUACAUACAUUAUCUUGGGGUCCUCCCACAUUAAGGGUCACCUGCAUCCCUAAAGUCAGCCACAUGUGGGAGGUGAGACUUUGGGACCCAGGGCAUACUUGGCAGCACCUCCCUGGAGCUUCAGUUUCUUCAGCUCUAAAAAGGGGAUACUAACAUCGUGCUUGGUAAAGCAUCAGCUAAAAAGAGGAAGACCCUCAACGAGCUGAACUGACACAGUGGCUGCAACAACGGGCUCUGCAGAGGACCGGUGUUUCAUUCUGCUGUAUGGGUCGCUGUGAGUCGGAAGCGACUUCACAGCAUGCAACAAGAAACAAGAGUGAUAGUGAGAGACGCAGACGGUACAUGUGGGGGAGGAGGGUUGAGAAUAUGGAGCCCAGCCUCUUAAUCCCCUGCCAAAGGGCUGGGGAGGCAGCUGUGAGGCACAGCAAUAUACUCUGACCUUUGUCCUGCUGUUUUCAGUUUAUGAGGCGCUUUCCUCAUCCCAUUAUCUCAUUUGAUUCGCACUACAGCUCUCGGGGGGGGGACUGAGUGUCCGCAUUUCACUGAUGAGGCUAAUGUCUGGCCCAAGGUCACAGCCUGGCCAGAGUGGGGACCAGACCCUAGACUCCAGGCCAGAAACUAGGCAGCAGCAUCCCCACCCCACUGUUGCUCUGU